AAGAGCGCAGGACUGACUGGGUCUGGCAUCACUCGCUGCUCGACCACCUCCCAGGCCGGGUACAGCCAGCCGUCCUCCCGCACAUCUUUACUGAAACUCUCUCACAAUGCCGCGUAUCGACAAUGAUAUCAAGUUAGACUUUAAAGAUGUUCUCCUGCGACCCAAGAGGUCUACCCUCAAGAGCCGCUCGGACGUUGACCUAGAAAGGACAAUCACCUUCAAAAAUUCAAAGCAGACAUGGAAAGGUGUACCAAUCAUUGCAGCCAAUAUGGACACUGUAGGAACUUUUGAGAUGGCAAAAACCCUAGCUAAGCACAAGUGUUUCACAACGAUCCACAAGCACUACAGUGUUGCCGAGUGGAAGGAGUUUGGUGAGAACAAUAAGUCUGUGUUGGAAUAUGUGGCAGCGUCCUCGGGCAUCUCCAAUUCUGACUGGGAGCGUCUUCAAGAGAUCCUCGGACUGUUCUCCGAGAUAAAGUGCAUCUGUCUGGACGUUGCCAACGGCUACUCAGAAGUGUUUGUGGAGUACGUCAGAAAAGUCCGCAAGAACUACCCAGAUCACACUAUACUUGCAGGUAAUGUGGUAACAGGAGAGAUGGUUGAAGAGUUGCUUAUCUCAGGGGCUGAUGUAAUUAAGGUGGGCAUUGGUCCAGGAUCAGUCUGCACCACAAGAAAGAAGGCUGGAGUUGGAUACCCUCAGUUAUCAGCAGUGAUUGAGUGUGCUGAUGCAGCCCAUGGCCUUGCUGGACAUAUCAUAUCUGAUGGUGGUUGCACUUGUCCUGGAGAUAUAGCCAAGGCUUUUGGAGCAGGGGCAGAUUUUGUUAUGAUGGGUGGGAUGUUGGCUGGCCAUGACCAGUCUGGAGGAGAGAUGAUAGAACGUAAUGGAAAGAAGAUGAAGCAGUUUUAUGGCAUGUCCAGUGCAACAGCAAUGCAGAAGUAUUCUGGUGGUGUUGCUGAGUACAGGGCAAGUGAAGGAAAAUCUGUAGAGAUCCCAUAUAAGGGAGAUGUAAACGUUACCAUUUUGGAUAUCCUUGGAGGCUUACGGUCAGCAUGUACAUACACUGGUGCUGGUAAGCUGAAGGAACUUCCUAAACGUACCACUUUCAUCCGUGUUACUCAGCAGACCAAUGAAAUCUUUUCUGUACAACAGUCAGAGAAACAAUCGUGAUUGUGCCUGUACUGUAUAGAUGUUAUACUAUCGAUAGAAAUUUAAUUUUAUCUAAUUUGUUAUUAAUUUAUCAAUCUUAAAAAUUUGGAUGCUGUACAGUACUACUGUGUACUGUAUUAUUUCAGUCUUGUACAGUAAUAUUAUUUUAAUAUGCCUGUCAUUAUACACAAAGGAAAAUGCAAAGUGAAACAAAACUGGAAAAAGUAACCCGGUUAAAGUACAUUAUUGUAAGACGAAGUUAAUGCACAAAAAAUUUAUUAAUCUCUUAAACUGACGCUUAUCAACGAUAAAUGUGUAGCAAUUACCUGAAGUUCUACAAAUGUACUUUUUUGAACUAUCCCACUUCGUUGCUCCCUUAGGUAAGGUCUUGUAAGGUCUUGCUGGUCCCAGAAACAGGAACUAAGUACUGUAGUUAGGACAGGUUGGCAAUCCAAACUGGUGCAACACGGGUCUUUACAAACAUCCAUCUACAAAUGAACCCUACACAAAUAGGGUUCCAUGACCAGCCACCUCACAUGAACAUUCCAUAAAGUACAUGUGAAGCAGGAAGAGAAGAGUGGGAACAUGAGCAAUUAAAUGUAUCACUCAAGGAGCUUUCAUACAUAUUCAAACUCAUGAUUUCUGAGCUAUAUUACUUUAUGGUAAUAUAUAAGCAAGAGUUUGUUCAGAAAAUUAAAAACUACUAUGAUCACAACUGGGGCUCGACCUGUGCUGCAGGAAGCAUCCUAAGAAGCCCCAUCUCAAUACUCCCGAGCCCUUCCCAAAAAAGAAUAUGAUUAUGUGAAAGGGAGCUUUCCCAGUAGCAACACACUGGAAGCACAUGUUGGAAAUCUAAGAUCUGUAUCAGGACACAAACUUAUGGUUUGACUUCCAAAACUUGAGCUCUGAUAUUAAAAUGGCAGAAAAGAACACCUUCAGGGUAGCAAACUAGUGCAGCUCAAGACCCCCUGCAAAUAAGCCUAUGACUAAGUUUUUACUAUUUGUAGCAGCAACUGGGAGAUGGGUCUUAGGACAAGUACAGCUUGGCAUCUUCUUUUGAUAAUUACUUAGCACAAGAAGGCACCACACCAAAGAGACUAUGUAGAACCAUCAGUGUUGCUGGAUAAUCAAAAGGCAUUAAAUAU